GCCACCCACACCACACCCACUGUUGCCACGUUUUCUAAGGCUGUACUUUGAAACUCUUGUCUAAACUCUUCAACUCCAUAGUCACUGAGAGAGAAGCUUGUCGGUUGGCUUGUUUCCGGUGAUAUCUCCGAAGGGACAGAUGGCAUUCUUUAGCUUGAAGAUGGUGGGGCCCCCACUUCCUGCAGGGCUUGGAGAAAAACACAUACCCACAAAGACAUCUAUUCCUCUUCUUCAGUUGAAAAGUGAAAAAGGAUGGAAAACAGAAGUCCCAAUAAACUUGAGUGUUUCACGAAGAGAUAUGAUGAUAUAUUUGACUGCUGGGAUUUUGAGUGGUCCAACAGAGCCUGUUGAAGCACGUGUUGUGAAACCUGAGAUCAGGAGAAAGAUCAGGGAAAAACUUGAUAUGCUUAGGGAAAAGGCUGGCGUAUCAAAACCAAAAAAUGAGAACGGGACGAAGACACCCCCAGCACCACCAUCAGCAAAGGAGAAAGAGCUUUCACUCUUGCCGCCACUGCCAAUACCAUCUCCAAAUUCUAAAAAACCUCUGGUGGAAGCAACUCUUCCCUGACCACAAGACAGUAAUGACACUCCAUCCUAUGAUCCUUUGUUGAAUUCUUAAUGAUGGCUUUGUUCAAAAGUUAAGCUUUUCGUUUAUCUUAUCUUCAGACUAUGAAUAACAAUUUACAAACCACCAAAUUGACACUUCUA